AGCCGGCGACUAUAAAUCAUCCGAGCGGAAGACCGUCGAGCUCCGACGUUAAAUAUCGAGAGUCGAGUCGGCGACUAUAAACCCUCUGAGCGGACGAAGGCAAUAAAGAGGACUUGUGAGCAAGUAUCCAAAAGUACUCGCCGUUAAUACCGUUCUACCACUUAUACGCUCCGCUCGGCUAAGUACCCAAAGGUACUUCGUCAACAUCCAGCGAGCAACUUCUUCUGUCGAAGCAAGACAUAUUCAGCCGAGCGGAAUAGCUACGCAAAAAUACUUCGCGAAAAAUCCUUUUCGAACACAAGAGGUGUGAUAAGAGCCGAUCGGGACAACACUCAUAUUGAUUAGCGAAAGGACAAAGCAAGCAAAAGUAUCAUAUUAAAGAAACUAAGGCCGAGCGGCCAAAUUACAAAAAGGGUAGUCUUUAGCCGAGCGGCCGAAUUACAUAUAAAUUUCUAUUCUAGAUAAUCGUAAAGAUCCUUCGGGAUGUUGUCAAGGAGCGCCACUUAAUCUGCGGCCGGGAUGAGAGCCGAGUCGGGAAGAAGACCCUUGGACUUCAAAUAUGUUGUGGUGGCGGUCAUAGCGAGGCCGAAGGCAGUGUACAUCCGUUCGCAGACUUUCUCUGAAAAUUCGGCCGAACGGAUGUAGUUUAGCCUCAGGGCUGCGACUCGGCUAGGCUCUGCCUCUUGAUAUUCUUUGAAAGCCGCCUGGGAGGCGGCGAGGGACUCCUGCAGAGUUUUCAGUUCAUCCUUAUGCUUAGUUGCAUCGGCCGAGCGGCCCGCCUUCUCCUCAUCGAGCCACUCCAUCAGCUCUUUAACUUUUUGCUCCAGCCCCCGAGCCUCUACAUUCUUCUUCUCCAGAUCGGAGAUGGCCGUGUUUUUCCGCUCGGUCGCCAGGCUUAUCUUGCGAUCCAGUGAUUUAUUCACGCGAUCAAGUUCAGCCAGAUUGUGCGCCUGGUCGGCCGUCUUCUUCCGUUCGACCUCCAACAAAUCCUGGGUCUUUUUGAGCUCCUUCUGAAGCUCGGCAUACGAAGGGCCUUGGAAAGUAAAAUUCUUACCGAAGUCGCUCGGAAGGGGGGUUCUGAUCGGACUCAAGCCGAAUAUGUACAUAACCCCUUCUGGAAGGAAUUUGUUGAUAUCAAACCGCAGACCAGCAAGCAUGUUGGCGGCAUGGAGAUAAUCCGACCGGGUCUUGAAUCUUUUGAGUUUUGGGGAGAGAGGAUGGCCGACCUGCCAUUGGGUUCGGAAGGGAGCCCGCUCGGGAAGGCGAAUAUAAAAAUAGAAUUCCUUCCAAUGCUUAUUGGAAGAAGGUAGUUUAUUGAAAAAAACGAAGCCGGGCCGAGCCUGGAACAUGUAAGUGCCCGGCUCAGACUGUUUAGGGUAGUAGAAGUAAUAGAAGACCUCCGGUCGGAGGGGAAUGUUAUGGAUCUUGAAUAAGACAACAACGCUGCAUAGGAGGCGGAAGGUAUUGGGGACUAGGCUUCCGAGUGGAAUGUCGAAAAAGUUGCAAACUUCCACAAAGAAGGGAUGGAUCGGAAAUCGCAGACCGACCGUGAACUGGUCGCGGAAAACACAAAAAUCUCCGCGUGGCGGUUUGUGUGGCCGAGCGGAGUCUGUGGGUAGGAUGAUCUCAAGGUCGGAGGGAAUGUCAAAACUAUUAAUCAGAACAUCGGCGUCGCGCCGAUCGAAGCGCGACUCCAUGGUAAAGUACCAUAGGCCGAGGGUUUGGUCUUCGGGUUGAGAGGAAUGGGCCAUUGUCCGAACGGACGAAAUCAAAAGAAAAUGAAAGAAGAUAAAAGGAAGAAAAUGGCAACGAAACAGUAGCCCGAGGACGAAAAGUUGGGAAAGAAAUGCAAAGAAAACGCCAGAACCAAAGAGAGAAAGAAGGAGAACCUUACAACGAAGAGGAGGAUCGAGGGAAGAGCACCGGAGAUCGCCGAAAACAGAAGCGCGAGAUCGUCGGAAAGCUGGAACGCGAGAGGAAGCGAUGAGCACGCGAUAACAGUACUGAGGCGAGGGGAAGAAGAGAAGUUUUUAUAGGGUGGAGCCCGAGCGGCCUCCACCGUUGGAUCCAGGUCGCGAGAAUCGAAGCAUGCAUCGCGCCGUUCAUUUCGAGCCGCCUCGAUCCCAUCAGAACACCACGCCGCCGCCGUAUAAUGACGGCAGCACCGCCAUGUGGCAUCCAGCCACUGGAACGCAUUUAAUGAGCGCGUGCUCGACCUUAAUGAUGGAGAUUGGCGGAAACUUCGAAGAGAUGUUGAGUAAUGUUGGCGUUGACUGGCGUUUUGGCUGCCCCUGGUUUCCGAGCGGAUGGUAGUUGCAGUACGUUGCUCGGCCCAACUGAUGGUCUAGUCAGUCGGACUAAUCGCCUCCUUCGACUAGACUUGAAGGGGAGGCAAGUGAUCCAGCGGUAAGAAUAGGGACCCCCCUCUGAGGGAAGUCAACGCCAUGUGGGAGUCAAAGGGUCAAACGGCCGAUCGGAGAAGGGGAGACCGGUCGCCGAACGGGGUCUCAGCGGGAUCACAAACAACCCGACGGGGGGUCGGGUCUCCGACGCUCAUGGGGAACAAGGUCGCCGGGCCGAUCGGGUAGCCCGCUCGGCCGAAGGCAUAAAGUAAUACUGCGAACAGUCUACAGAUCGCACGAUCAGGAAUCUCCCGAGCGGACCAUUACAUACGACCGGCCGGACAUGAGGGAACUGCCGACUGGCCAGACGCUCGGCAUGGGGUAAGAGGAGACAAAAGGACAAGGGAACAUCCUCUGACAGCAAGUAUGUUCGAUGAUCAGGCCAUACGCAGGAUCUGAUGACAGAGAGUUCCGCUGUCUCAUCAAAGACAUGCUCGGACUGUAGCAGUAUGGUGUCAGGUAAGCUCUUCUGACAAGCCCAUACUAAGGUAUGGGCUGAGGACACGUAUUCAUCUCGAUAUGUGUGCGUGAGCAUCUUCCUGGCUCUAUAUAAGGGUCCUCAUUCUUCAUCGGAGGUACGCAUUCACGAGAUCACGCAUUCUCUGAUAUUGAGAGUCACUUCUUUGUUGCCCACUUGCCUGACUUGAGCGUCGAAGGGUCGUCGACGGGAACCCCUUCCCGGCCCGACUUCUUUGCAGGUUCGCCGGAGCUCCGUGUGACCGGUCGGGGAUCUACGUCAGCAACGCGGAGAGCACCACGUGCCCAGCGUCCGUUGAUUCAACGUUCGGACAGGAUCAGUUAACUUUGACCUGGCUUGUUUCUUAAGGGAUGAGAUCCUCUGGUCCUCUUGUCCUGGUCCGCUCCUAAACCAGGACAAGAAGAUUGGUAAGAGACAAUGACCCCCACCUGUUAACACGCUCCUAGACCAGGACAAGAAGAUUGGUAGGAGGCAAUGACCCCCACCUGUUAACAGGUGGAGGGGCAUUGCCCCUACCAAUGCAAAGGCUGGAUUAGGGACUGGUCUAGUCUUUACGGAUCAGAGAAUCUCAUCCCGUUUCUUAAGAUGUAUGAUUAUUUAUUUACUUAUUAUUAUUAUUAUUUAUUUUUUUUAAAAAAAUUGCACUUUAUUGCUCUUGUAUAAAGUCCAUCACUGAGCUAUAUGCCUAUAUAUCAUCACUGAUCAGUUAAGUAAUUUAUUUUGUAGGAAAAAUAAAUAAAUAAGAUUUGGAACGCUCUGGCCACCACUCGUUGUGCUGCGGUCCAAACCCACUCAUUUGCUCACCUGGAAUCUCACUGAGUGGCCGACGGGGCCCUCUUCUUUUCCCUAGUGGCCUGUGGGCCCCUCGCCACAAAUUUAUUUUUGAAAUAUUUCGUGAAUUCAUAAUUUUUGUUGCAGUGCAUAUUACCAUUGCAAUAUUUAUUAUUAUAUAUGUAGCCCUUCAAACUAAUAUUAGAGUACUUUUAACUAAUAUUAGACUGCUUUUAAUUAACCUUUGAGCAGUUUUAUUUAUAAGUAUUGCAUUUUAUUUUACCUUUAAUAAAUGAAACCUUCCUGGACGUAACACAAGAAUAAGGAGUGACUUGGACAAUAUUGAAUAAUAAUGAGGACUUCGUGCAAAAAUGUCUGUUCCGUUCCGUUGCGAUAUAGUUCUCCAUUCUCUCUCUCUCUCCACUCGCCUUUCCUCUCUUUGCUCUCGACAAAAUCCCCAAAUUGGCAUCGACUCCUCUUGCCAGCCACGAUCUUAAGUUCUUUUCUUCGAUCUCCGGCAACAAGUUGAUCGCGAUCGAUACUUCUUUUCAAUGGGUAACACAUGGAGCAGGGAAAACGGCGGCGGAAGAGCCGGUUUUCGCUUUGUCCGGCGAAGGAGCACGGGCCGCCACCAGCACCCCCUUCCCUCUUCCGGCUCGGAACCUGCCGCUCCACAGCCAACUCCGCAGCAACAGUCUCCGCCGGAGUUAUCUGCCAACCGCUACGUGUUCGCGGCGGCAAGCCCUUACCCGUCGCAGUUUCCCACCGCGAACCACCCGCCGCAGCACUACCAAUACGAUUACUACCCUCCUCCGCCGCCGGUUAUGCCGGUUCCCCUCCCGGCUCCCUUCGACCACCACCACCACCGAGGCGGCGGGGUACAUGGACAGUACCCGGCCCAGCACCCUGGAUGGGUGGGAAGCGGGAGGUAUCCACCGUAUGCUCCCUCGCCUCCUCCGCUCCCUUACGUUCAGCACCAAACGGCAGUCACCAUCAGGAACGACGUUAACAUCAAGAAGGAGAGCCUCCGACUCGAGCCUGACGAGGAGAAUCCUGGCUUUUUCCUCGUCGCUUUCAAUUUCGAUGCCACCGUCGCAGGAAGUAUCACUGUGUUCUUCUUUGCGAAAGAAGGUACAGACUCUGAGUUGACUGCAACAAAGGAUGAUUUUCUUAAACCAGUUACAGUACAGUUCAAGCAAGGUUUAGGUCAGCAGUUCAGGCAACCUUCAGGAGCAGGAAUUGACUUAUCUAGUUUUGAAGAGGUUGACUUGAUGAAAGUGAUGGACCUAGAUACAUACCCCCUUGCUGUAAAAGCAGAAGCUUGUCCCUCCAUGGAUCAAGUGGCUACUGGUGAAAACCAGAAGUUGAUAAUUCCAAACUCUCAGAUUACACAGGCUCUAUUUGAGAAGAAAGAGAAUGGAGAGUAUCACAUUCAUGUAGUAAAGCAGAUUUUGUGGGUGAAUAAGACAAAGUAUGAGCUGCAAGAGAUCUAUGGCAUUGGGAACUCAACUGAUAAUGACACUGAUGGAAAUGACCCGGGAAAAGAAUGUGUGAUUUGUCUAUCUGAACCACGUGAUACCACUGUCCUCCCUUGCAGACACAUGUGUAUGUGCAACGGUUGUGCAAAGGUUCUAAGGUACCAGACCAAUCGAUGUCCGAUAUGCAGACAGCCAGUGGAGAGGCUACUGGAGAUCAGGGUCAACGACAAUUCUGAAGAGCAAGAAGAGGCACAAUGCUGUUGAUGAUUCAUUCCAUGUAUGAUGUGAUGCCGCCAGAUGGUGAAGGCCUUACUCGUUGGGUGUGGUUUUGUGAGUAUGAAAGAAUUGGAAUAAUGGCUUCUUUGGAGCAGUGUAGCAUGUUGAAAAGAUUAAAUCAGGUGUGUAUAUUCUUGACGUCUGCUAAUCACUUGUUGCAUGGUUGCAUUCAACUGCUUAAGUUAUGUUUGAUAUUUGCAAAAAUACAAAAAGAAAAUAAAUGUGGCAGUUGUUUAGGCUUGCAAUAUAUAGCUUGCUUUUAGAAUA